AUGGGUUUACUGACGAAUCCAUCGAUUUCGCAGAAGGCAAAAUAUUGCCGCAAGCUGGUGCGUUACAAUACGCUCAUCUGCUUAACGUUGUAUCUGCUGGGCGUUGGCUUUUUCUGUGCUCUGCCGGACGGAAACUUUAACUCUGCUACCUACUUUUCGGAGAAUGCGCUGCUGCCGGGUUUGGUAAAUUCCGAACUGGAGAUGGAAACGGUGAAUCUGGUCAAGUCACUGUCCGCUGAGCUACAGCGAGAGCGUGAGAGCUAUCCCAAAGGUAUGCCCUACCCGUGGCUGUUGGCAAAGAUGCGACGAUUUGGGCUGGAAACGCACACACACAACUUCACGCUCAACUAUCCGUUCGGUGGUGGCAAGCGUUUCAAAGGUGAAAAUGUGUUCGGAAUACUUCGUGCGCCCCGGAUUGCAUCGACAGAAUCGAUCGUUAUAAGCGUUCCAUAUCGACCACCAGAAACUGUUCACACGGAUGUAUCUGCUGGCGUUCCUUUGAUGUUGGCCUUUGCCGAUUUUGCCCGUAAAAAGAAAUAUUGGGCAAAGGAUAUAAUAUUCCUCGUUACCGAACAGGAACAGCUGGGAAUGCAGGCCUGGCUGGAGGCAUAUCAUGGCGGUGACGAAGGACGCAUUCUCGAUUCUGGCAUGCUGCGUGCACGGGCCGGUUCCAUUCAGGCGGCCAUUAAUCUCGAAGUGCAAAGCUUAGACAUCAGCCAUAUAAAUCUUAAAAUUGAAGGACUCAACGGACAGCUACCCAACCUGGACCUGCACAAUCUGGUGCAGAAACUGUCCUCGAAGAACGGCAUCAUCGCCGGGUAUAAACAAACAUCGUCAAGCCCGAAGCGGUCCUUCCGAUAUCAGGACAAGCUGUUCAAUGUACUGUCGAUGGUGUUCUCGCAGGCCAGCGGUGUGCCAACGGGUAACCAUGGGCUUUUCCACAAGUACGGCAUCGAGGCGCUAACGCUGGAAGCUGUGAAGCGUGAAAAGGCACAGCAACAGUUUCAGGAGAUCGGUUCGAUGCUACGUAUCAUUGAAGGCAUUAGUCGCAGUCUGAACAAUCUUCUGGAGCGGUUCCAUCAGAGCUUUUUCUUCUAUUUGCUGGUGUCGAACGACCGGUUCGUCUCGAUCGGCGAUUAUAUGCCCAGCCUGGCACUCAUGGCUGGAUCGUUGCUGAUCAAAGCGUUCAUUCACUACCUGUCGAUGUACUACUCCGGCGAUGACAGUGACGAAAAGGAGGAAGUGGAUCCGAAACAGAAAAAUUCCAUGGAAAUUGGAUACUUUUCUGUCGGCAUUGUUCUGCUAGUGGCGCACUCAAUUGGCGCAUUGGCCGUAUUUCUGCCACACAGCAAAGCCAUCAACCAGUACCUGCAUCAGGCUAACUUUUCCACACAAUACGGGCUAUACAGCGUGUUUCAGGGCGUGUUGACUAUGGCCAUCACCUUUCCGGUAUUCUGUGCGCUGAAUGGCAGCAACGGGGAAGCAUUGCACGUGGCCGUUUUGCUUGAACUGGGAACCGUCCUGUUGGCUGUGGGAAUGUUAAACUUUUCCCUUGGCUUGAGUCUCUCCGUUUUCCUCGUCCCGUUUAUCAUUCUUAUUCGACCGGCCGUAUCAAGAGGCGCAAUGUUGGUUUCCAGGCUGUGUUGUGUACUGAUAAAUCCUUUUGUGGUGUUGUACUGUGUGCUGACCGGACUUACUUGGUAUCUAUUUCCGGAGCUAACUUUCAAGCCACUGCUAAUCAAAGCGCACACAGCUACAAUGGAUGCGCUUACGUAUUCCGUUGUCGAUUCUAUGAUCUAUGGAAACUGGCUGUUCGAUUUGGUAGCGCUUAUUUUUGUCCCAUGUUGGAUUCUGCUGUGGGUACUUCUUUUCCCAAAGACCGAACAAAAGAACAGUUAA